AUGCCGGCGAGCAGUAGUAAGAAAUUCUUUGCCGCCAUCGUAUUUGCCGUCUUUGCCUGCGUUGCUGCCGAUGUCAGCCACCUGAGCAAUACUUACCUGCCGCCAUCGCAAGGCGCUGCUAGCUCAGUUUCUUCAGAAUACCUACCUCCAGCGGCCAGCACACAACAUGCUUCUUACUCGGCGCCAAGCUACUCGGUAGCUGCUUCGGCACCAAGUGUCUCCUAUUCUGCGCCAGCUCCUGCCGUGUCCUACUCAGCGCCAAGCUACUCGGCCGCUGCUUCAGCACCAAGUGUGUCUUACUCGGCUCCAGCUCGCUCCGUCUCUUACUCUGCGCCAGCUGCUUCUGCGUCUUACUCAGCACCAAGCUACUCGGCCGCUGCUUCAGCCCCAAGUGUGUCUUACUCGGCUCCAGCUCGCUCCGUCUCUUACUCUGCGCCAGCUGCUUCUGCGUCUUACUCAGCACCAAGCUACUCGGCCGCUGCGUCAGCUCCAAGUGUGUCUUACUCGGCUCCAGCUCGCUCUGUGUCAUACUCAGCUCCAGCUCCAGCUGCUUCC